GUGCGGAGGAGGAGGCUGAAGUAAAUAAAAGAUUGAGAAGUGACGACAGUCUGCCUGGGGUUAGUGCGAUCUGCAGGCAGUGCCGGCACAAGUUCUCUCUUAGUUCAGGUCGGUAGGGUAGAGCGCGAGUACGUACGGGGGGGCACAGUGCAUGUACGCCUUGGACAGACCUUCACAGAAGAGAGUGGAGAGCAGUUAUUCAGUUCUACUUUGUCCCAGUGAAAUUCUUUCUUACCAAAAAGUUUAGGUCUCACCAUGUUACCGUUUGUUUGUAAUUUCUCUCCAACUACUUACCUGGCAGUUCGCCUCUGGAUUUAAUUUAGAUGUGCAGAAUGCCUACGUCUUAGAUGGACCGGCAGGAAGUUACUUCGGAUUUUCUUUGCUCUGCUCAACAACACAUCCGGUGCCUGGUUGAUAUCUGGAGCUCCACUGGACCAGGAACAACAGGGAUCUAGCGGAGGGCUGUACAAAUGUCCACUUCUGCCUUACACUGGAAAUAGAGAUUGUCAGAAAAUAGCACUAUCGCAGACAGGAUAUGGACCUGGAGGAGUGUUACUUAUUGGCAGCUCCAUGGACAUGCCUACUGUUCUCAAGGACAAAGUCGUGUACUGUGGCUACCAAGCUGACCCUCGAGCUGAGCACGAAUCUAAUGCCACCAUAUACGGGAUGUGUUACGAGUUGAUGAAGGAUUUAGACUACCGCCGGUCGUCUCGAAUAAAUCCCAUGACACUGGGCCGUGGUCUUAUCGCGGACAAAGAUGGACAGUUCCUGCAUGAGGAAAAUGAUGCCAAAAUAUUCUAUUUCCCAAUCCACAACAGUGAGGGAAACACUAUGAUUGUUGGUACCCCGGCUUCCCAGAAUGGAAAAGGUGCUAUCGUAUUGUACCGUGGUAACCGUCGACUAAAGCGAAAGGUGUUCCCGGAGAGAGAUGGUUUUGCAGGUUAUGCCUUGUCAUCCGGACGUCUUUUCCGUGACCCAAGACUAUAUUACCUGGUGGGAGCCCCAGGAACAAACUCAGGCAAAGGAAAGGUUUACAUCUUGGGGGAUAACUUUGACGUCAUUAAGGAACUGUCUGGUGACCAGGACGGUAGUUAUUUCGGCGCUGCUGUCACAGUAGUUGAUCUGAAUGGUGAUGGGCUUGACGAUAUUGUUGUCGGUGCGCCUUUGUACAGUUUAAGAAAGGAAGAAGGAGCUGUUUAUGUCUUCAUUAACAAGAAUGAGAAACCCUUUGAGAGGUUUGACGUUCGCCUUCUGGGUUCCGGAUCACUUGGAGCGAAGUUCGGGGCUGCCAUUGAGAACAUUGGAGAUAUGAACAGGGACUCGUACGAGGAUAUUGCCGUAGGAUCACCAUUCGAAGAUGGUGGCAAGGGAGCUGUUUACAUAUACAACGGUCAUGCAAGUGGUAUCGGUCUUGACGGCCAGUACUCUCAGCGAAUUACUGCCAGGGAAUUGUCCAAUGAACUCUACGGAUUCGGAAUGUCAUUCUCACGAGUGGAUGAUAUCGAUGGUAACUCUUACAGAGAUCUGGCGGUGGGAGCUCCCCAAUCUGACUCCGCAGUGGUGUUCCGUGCCAGACCCGUGGCUGACCUCCAGCCUCGAUUUCGUGUCAACCCUACCGUGAUUGAUCCAAAGGUGAUGAACUGUCGCCACGAUGACAAUAGAGCCUCCUGUAUCAGGAUCGAGGCGUGCUUCGUCUUCAGAGGAUACAACCUUCCUCCUUAUUUAGAUGUGGAGUUCACUCUAGCCGUGGAUACUCUGAAGUCGGACAGCCGUGUGAAACUUAUCGUCGACGACAGACAGAAUAACGGCACCAUUCGUGUGUCUAGUCGACGGACAGCUUGUAGUAAAUACAGCGCUUUGGUUUUGCCAGACACCGAGGAUCUCUUCACUCCCGUCUUGUUCAAUUUGACAUUUGGCCUUGCCCAGGACACGAGGGCAGCUAGCACUGAGGUCACUCCUGUACUCUCAGCAUUCCUGGACAAGUCUAGUUCAUCAGAGCUCCUCUUUAAACGUGACUGUGGGGACGACAACUUGUGUCACAGUGACUUGGUAGUGAACAUGGGGAUGGUGUAUCCAAACGGAAAGGACUACCUGUUAUUGGGUGCCCACGGCGCCGUCCGGCUACAAAUCAACGUGCUCAACAGUGGAGAGGCAGCCUACCUGUCCAAUGUUGUCAUCAGUUAUUCGGAUAACGUUGAUUUUCUCAAAGACCCCAGAAGUCCGUAUCCCUGCGAGCCAGUCAUGGGGGAAUUCAUUGAAGCCGACAACCGGUCAUCGUCCCACAAGAAUACCAAGCAGAUCGUCUGCCAAACCAACAAUCCUAUUAAGGCGAAUGAGGAGAUAGUGGUUGUGGUUGUAUUUGACGUAAGGCGACUGACCGCCAUGUCUUCUCCUGUCCAGUUCUCGGCAUAUGCCAGGACAGCUAGUGACGAUACGAAUAUGGCCAAUAACUUCCGAAGAUACAGAAUGAACGUUAAAUAUCAAGCUGUAACGGAGUUAUCCGGUACGUCGGUGCCAGGUGAGUUCUCUUUGGUGCGUGGUGCACCAAAGACAGAUGCUGGCGUUAGGAAGAUAUCCCACGCCUAUGAGUUGGUGAACUCUGCCACCGAGGUUCUGAAACGGGCCACGUUAUGGAUCACAUCCCCCCUUAGAAACCUUACUGCUGAGCAAGUAGCCGUGGACCGUGUUCAGGUUGAAAGCAGCGAAGGGGGCAGAGGAAAGUGUAAGCAGAUCUCAAGUAAUCAAAAUGCCUCUGUCGCGGACGGAAGAGACGCUGACUCGAGAUGCCCGGAUUCCAGUUGUUUGACAAUUCGAUGCUCGGUAAAAUCUCUGGAAGCAAGUCAAACCAUUCUGUUCACGGUAGAUAUCGUCCUGGUUGAUGGAAUGGAAAACGACAUCAAGGCGGAUCAAAUCAGUUUAGAGACAUCAGCCAUGGUCACGUUUCCAGAUGACACCAUGUUUGUACAGACAGAACGCUCCAGCAAAGAAUUCUCGCUUUCCACACCUAUUUCCAUAUCGGAUUAUGUGGCACCGGAACCCGUGCCAGAGGAGAAACCAGAACCGGAACCGACCGGUGAACCCAGUCCUGAAUCCGAGGCCGAAUCAAAACCUGAAUCUGAUGGAGAACCGGACACUGGGGAGACGGCACAUGCUGAAGAGGGAAGCAAUUCAACAGGGUCCGCCAGCACAUGCAACCCAAUCAUUCCACUUCUAGUCAUUCUCACCUUUUUCUAUCAGAUAUUCUUGUGAUGAACCCGGCGUAGUCAAACAAUGGAAAUAUUACGGAUUGAUUUUAAGAAAAUGGGAAUUACGAGAAAAGAUGAACUGUUGGUUGUGCUUAUUUAAAGUGGCGACAAAAUCGAGGUAACCAUGAGGAAUAUGACGUGGAAACAAAUACCACUGAUAAACACUGCCAAAGAUAAUGUCUCCAUAAAUGAUACUGAGUUAGAAGACUGAGGGCAUGUAACACUUACCUGUAACAUAUAGAUGCGAGAGCUUACCAUGACGGUCUUAAGAAUGUUUAGAUACAUAAAGUUCGAUAUCAGAACUAUAUUCACUGCCAUUUAAUUUGUUAUCUUGACAAAAUAAAACGGAACAAAACAUCCACAGUCGAUAUGUGCAUACAAUCAAAUCAACGUAAUAUUGUAAAGAAAGCAGUGUGGUUUCGUUGGGCUUGUGUAACUUACAUGCAGUGAAUAUCUUAAUAUUUCUAUUCAUUGCCAAAUCACAGUAGUAAGGUGACUUGGUGGCAUAUGUUUUCUCCGACGCUUCGUUUUAUUGCAUAUAAUCACCAUUAAGUAACUAAAUUAACUCGUAUUAAGUAAUAAGAUUUAGAUAGGAAAGCAAGGCUACAGUGUCAGCACUUCAGAGUUUAAUGGUAAUAGAACUUUCUUACCCAUUAUACUGGACUAUACUGUUUUGUAUAUACAUGUAUUAGUUGCCAGUUUGUUGGUAUAUGGGUUCGAUUAAUAUAUACAAUGCAAGACCUACUAAAGCAUAUGUUCUCAAAAAGCAAAAACAUGUAAAGAAUAAAGGUACUGUAACUGGUGACUUAGAACUUGUAUUAUGCCUCUUCUAAAAGUUCGCCAUUGAGAUUCAUAAGUGACCAAUGUGAAAUGGUUUCUGUGAAAAAGGAUGAUAUAUCAAGUUCUUCAUCCCCGAUAGACCAACUUUUUUUUUUAUCCAGGUCAUACUUGGACUAUUUAGUUCUGUGCCUUUGAAGCAGUGUGCUUUUAAGCAAAGGUAGCUAGAUGUUAUAACAUACCUGUACAUAUGUUUUAUCAAGAAUUGAUCCUAUUAUUGUAAACAAAAAAGUUCGAUCAAGGGAUAUGUAUUAUGUAUCAGCGUGAGGUACAAACAAAAAUUCAGCGCUAAGCUUUGCAGUGUGACCAAGCGUUUUACUACCCAUUUUCUAUCGUGGAACAUAUUUAUAACAUUUCUAAAAUACCAUAUGGAAGGCUGUUCAUGACAGAAUGUAAUUUUUUUGAUUAUUUUUAACUGCGUUUAAUUUCGUAUGUUACUUUUUUAUAUAUAUGUCUGAUUAUAUGCUAUUUGUUGUAAUUGAUGGGUUAUUUUUCUGGUACAAUAUUCAAUUAGCUUCUUGAAUGCUGGCAUACCAUUUAUAAUUGUGGUGUAAACUGUAGUUGUUUUAUUUUAAUCUAAUUUAUGGUGUUAUUCCCUUGUCUUUGUAUAGUUGCUUUAAAACACUACUUUUCGAAUCGUACUUCUGUAACGCUUUUCUCAUAUAUCCAUGCCAUAAUCCUGUGUUAUUGUGUGAUUGGUACAAAUUGCUCUUUCACACCGUGUGUUAAAUUGAUGCUGUAGGGUGACAAUGAUGCGGAUUUGCUUCAUUCACGUUUUUCUGUUGAAAAAAAAAAGAAUCAAAAUCGUUAUGGAACACUUGGAAUAACAACUAAUUUUGUGUCGGAUGUGUCGGCAGUUGGUGUUGUUAAGGAUGAAAUUUUGGUAGCGUGUAUGCACUUUGCAUAGUGUGUCGACCAUAGUUCUGAUGUAUAUGUAAUGUAGAGACAAGGCUUUGGGAAAGUGGUAUAUACAAAUUCAACAAAAUCACAGAUGAACGCAUAAAGUUGUAUUUAUUCAUCAUCAGAUAAAAGCAAAGGAUAUCAUCAUCUCUGAAGUUUAAAUUCAUUUCAUUUUUGUAAGAAUUAUAUUAUCACGAGUAAUUUGAGCAUACCACUUAACUAGGCCUAUGUCGUAGAAAUAGCCCUACAAAGCAGUCACAAGAACUGAUUUGUAUGUUUUAAUAACACCAAUAACUACAUAUGUUACCAGUACCGUCAUUUAACGUCUUUGUCACGUUGGGAUUGCAGUGAUUGUUGCAAUUUUGUUAAAAUGUUCAGACUGCUUUGUAAGGCUAGGCCAAGGUUUUAUAAUUUAACGUGUGUUUAUAGUGGAGGUAUAUAUACCAACCAUCUUGUUUCGGGGAUAUUAAAAAAAAAAAACAGACCACAUAUAUUUAGGACUUGUAAUGUACAUAGUCUUCCGUUCAGAUUGGGUGAUUCUUUCGGACGGCCGAAAAUCUGAAUGAAUUCAAUGAAGAAGUACCAUCUGGAUAACACUUCGCUUUCUGGGAUUUAGCGAAACUUUAAAGAUGGCUAAACUUCUGACCUCGGUUUAACAAACAAGGUUAAGAAUUGGUUUCACACGGUAUAUCUAGUACCAUUAUUAUUGCUGUCUAUAAGACUGACGUGAUUUAAACAUGUAUAUACCAUGAAUAUACAAGGUCAUGUGGGACUAUCGUGCAAAAUUCAUUUCUCCAGCUUGAAAUAAACUGAAAUC